AUGACCAAGUACAAAAAGUUGCCAGUUUCUUGUCAUAAUUGUCGGAAGAGCAAGACAAAAUGCGAUAGAAACUACCCUUGUUCCAAAUGCUACUUAAAGGAUAUUGAGUGCUCCUACCCUGACAAGUUCAGGUCCUUAAGAUUAGACAAGCUGAUAAAGUCGAAGUCGUCAGGGGAAACUGUAAAGACUGAAAGCUCUUCCAUUCUAGGUUAUGACUCAAAUAAAAUGCAGCAGAUAACACCACCAGAAGAGUUUUAUAUGGAAGACUUGUCAGCCUUCUCAACUGCUAGCUCUGACUCAAAAUCUCACAGUACAGAUUGUGAGACGAGAAUAGACAUUCCUGGUAUCAAAAAGAGUAUCCAGUUUUCUCAUCAGUCUGACCUCAUGUUUCUUGACACAAGCUUUGAAGUUUCAGGGAGUUUGGUCUCUGUUACCCAGUAUCCCGAGGGAAUGGACAACCCUCUUGAGUUUCCACAGUUUGUGCAGGACAAAGAAAAGAACAUUACAUUGAUUAAAACCUUACUUCAUGAAUACUUUCGCGUUGCUGACCUUCCUACGUUCAGCUUUCCCAUUCGUUUCGAAGAGAUGUCUAGAAUAAUAGAUGAUGCUGAAAAGAAUAAUACGUGGCAUCUCCAUAAAGAUCAUCUUUUUUUGGCUAUAUCAAUUCUACUUCGUAUACUCAACAUUAUACCGUUGGAACAUCCUCUUCUCACUAACUGUGUGUUUUUGAAGGAUAAAGAAGUUCAGGUUGAUCUCUUCAAGAGAUUUUUUUUUUACGAAAUCUUCUUAUAUUAG